AUGCAGGGUUCGCGGAACCUUCUCUCGUCGUCGAAUGACGUCACAGUAGCCAUCACUAGCCACGACUGGAAAGAUAUUGCGAAGGGUGUCGGCGCCGGCAAAAGCGCCGUGGAUGGCGGAAACGAAUUUGACGGGGUGGAUAGCUGGCGAGGCGCGUUCGCCGGGGAGGUGGUGACUGUGGAAGAGGUUCUAGAAGAACCGCGAGAAGCGAAACGGCGGAAAGGCAAGCAGGGAAAUUUGAAAAAAUCGAAGGUGGGGGAAAAGCGAGGAGAGGAUGCGACGGCAAAGGGUGAUCGGGGUAGCAAAAGAGGGAAAGAACUGGAUGUUGAGAUUGCGGAGGAGAAAGGGAAGAAGGGGGACCGUAAGAUGGUGAUCAAGGUUAAGGGGUUGACGAAUGAAGCGGAGAGUGGCUCCCGCGAGGAGGAAUUGAAGGGAUCGGACAGGGGAACGGAGGGGCAGCGUGAUUGGCAGCGGGACGAGGGGAGGGAAAAAGAUCACAGUGAGAAGGAGAAGAGUGAGAGGGAUAGCAGCAGCACGCAGACAGGCAGCGCGCGGCAGGAGAGCAAGACGGAGGAGGGAGGGCGUGAGAGUGGGAGGAACACGCUGAAGGAGGAGGAGGUCGAGGGGAAGGCUGAGGCAGCUGCUGGCGCGCACGAGGGGGAACGUGGCAGCCCAGGGGCACUAGCAGCCGAAGCGGAUGGCGCACGGGAAGCGGAUGUCGCACGGGAAGUGGAUGUCGCACGGGAAGCAGAUGUCGCACGGGAAGCGGAUGUCGCACGGGAAAUAGAAGCAACGGUAGAGCCAAACGCAUCAGGGGAGGCGGGGGCGACAUCAGGAGGCGCAGAGUUGGCAUCAGGGGAAGCGCGGAUGGCAUUAGGUGACGCGGGGUGGGCAUCAGAGGAGGCGGGAGAGGAAUCAGGGGACACGGGGACGGCAUCAGGGGACGGGGGGGCGGCGUCAGAGGAGGCGGAGAAGGCAUCAGUGGAGGCGGAGACGGCAUCAGGGGUUGGAGUUAGCGACGCGGCAGUGAUCGCUGUGGCCCAGGGCAACCUAGGUGCACGCCUGCAGGCGCUUUGCCUUGCGCCCGCCGUCAGCGCGGUGUGGAGCGCGCGCGCACAUGGGGAGGCGGAUGCGGGGAAGACGGACGGGGAAAAGGCGGGGGAGGUAGCCGUUGUGUGGAGUGACUCAGCGGUUGCAGAUGCUGACGUGGACAGAAGUGAUGCUGAUUCUGGCGGCAGUCCCAAGAAGCGACCCGCAGGAGAGGGGUUCUUUGAUUUAUUCAGCCGGUUUCCCGGUGUAGAUGCAUUGGGGUUAGAUGCGAAGAAUAAGGCUGUUUGGCCGAGUGUGACUGUAACGGGAUCAGCCUCCGCUGCCCCUCUUUUAGAGUCACGGACAGAGCUGCAAGUCUCCCUGCCGGCCUGUGUGGAAGAGGGGUCUGAUUUGACCAAUGGGAGCGCGACAAAUGGCAGCAGCAACAGUAGCAGCGCGGAGGUGCCUGAGUUGACUCUAUCGCUGUGGUUCCCUUCUGGACUAAGCGACGUGGCAAGCAGGGACUGGACCCCCCCCGAGGCAUGUUCCGCCCUCCGCCUCUUCCAGUCGUGCCUGGGCGCUCUACAGCCCUCGCCACGUGUCACCAGAUUACUGGAGGAGGGGGCGUUGGGGGAAACGGGAGCAGCUGCUGGAACAUCUGAGGGGGAGAUUAAAGAGGAGAGGGGAGGGGUGAAGGGGGGAUUUAGGGAGAGACUAGCGCGUAGCACGGCAGUGUAUCUGGAAGCCAAUCAGGUGAUGCCAGGUGGCACGUGCGGAGGGUGCCCCGAGGACCCUCUACUCAACUGCACGCUUCGCACGCUGACGUGGCGCUACCUGCGCGUGCCGUCCAACUCGUCUGACGUGGACUUCACUGUAGCAGCUGCCUCUGCUACAGACGCUGCUACAGUCGCCGGCACCUUCCAUCCCCUGCGCGCCCCCCUCCUCCUCCCCCACACUGCUGUCAGAACGGCCAUGGGUUGCCCCUUGAGAAUACCCUCUUCCUCCUCCUCCUCCUCCUCCUCCUCCUCCUCCUCCUCCUCCUCCUCCUCCUCCUCCUCCUCCUCCUCCUCCUCCUCCUCCUCCUCCUCCUCCUCCUCCUCCUCCCUCCCUUCCUCGCCCAGCACUACCUCUGCCUCCUCUGCCUCUUCCGAUUCCUCCCCACCACCACCGUCGUCAUCAUCAUCGUCGCGACGACUGCUUGGGCUGACAGGAGGGGAAAAGGAGCAAGUGAAGCAGGAGAAGCCUGGCUCACCAGCUGAGAGUUCUGGGAGCAGCAGUAGUGACAGCAGCAGUGGGACGAGCAGUGGCAGAAGCAGCAGCAGCAAUGGGGCGAGUAGGGAGGAAGGGCGUGAAUGGAGCUGCAGUCAGCUGGAGCUGGCGGAGCUGCUGCUGCUGUCGUCGGCUCGAGGGCUCAUCCACUCACGACCCUCCAUAGAGGCGCUCUUCAUUGCCGCCCAGGGGAGACGGCUCAGGGCGAGUCAGAGCAACAAUGCGGACGCCCCUGCUGGCCCCCCGGCAGCUGCGUUUGCGGUGGAGGAGAGUGUAUGCGCUGCCCCUCGUGUUGCUCGGUUUGUCGACCAGAAGUACCUGCAGCAGAUGCUGGUCGAUGAGGAGCUCAAGACGGUGUACUGCUUUGUGCCCAAGGCAGCCUGCACGAGCUGGAAGGUGUGGUUCCGCGGGCAGCUGUCCAAUCGGGUGGGCGGCAUGAAGUCGUACGGCGUGCCGGAGCGAAUCAUCGUGCACAAUCCGCAGCAGAGCGGGCUGAGCAUCAUGGGGUACGGGUUUGAGGAGCACGAGAACAUUCGCUUCCUCACGCGGCCCGACUUCUUCAAGUUCUCGUUUGUGCGCAACCCGUUUACGAGGACUGCGUCGGCGUAUCUGAACAAGCAUGUGGAUGGGGGAUACCCACACGACCGCAAGUACUGGAAUGAGCGCUUCUUUGCAGGGCUGCAGGCGUACAAGACGUUUAUGACGAGCCAGAAUGGCAGCGACUUCAUUCCCUUCUCCACCUUCAUGUCGUUCCUCCAGCUGCAAGCCACACGAUCUGUAGAGGUCAUGGACCCCCAUGUCCGCCCCCAGAUUGACCUUUGCAAGCUGGAUGCGAUCCGAUAUGAUUUUAUUGGGCGAUUUGAGAAUCUAGAGGAGGAUGUGGCGAAGAUGAUGCGGCAUUUUGAAAAGGAGGAGAAGGAUGCCUUUCAUACUGGUCGUGGGGCACACCCAACUAAUGCAUCAGAUAAGCUGCUCGACUUAUAUGACCAGGGAGCAUUUGAGGCUGCGAUGGUCGCAUAUAAGACAGAUUUCAGUCUGCCUCUUAAUGGUCUAGAAUAUGGACCACCACAAGGUCUUCUGGACAAGUUUGGUUCUAGCGUGGAGCCCAAUAAAUAA